AUGACAGUCCAGAAUCCGGAGGCCAUGAUGGAUGCUGGCGUACAUACUAUAAGCUUGCAAAACGCUUCCAGUGGCGAAACAUGCGAACCACCGUACGAGACUACGUGCCAUGCAUGCCAGAUUUACAAAGCCAAAUUCCACCGGCGGGAAGACACUAUGAUACUACCCCAACAGUCGAACAUACCCUUUCACGUCGUUCACCUGGAUUUCGCGGAACUAAGGAAAAAGGGCGAAGGUGUACGACGCACUCAAGCCUUCCUGCUCGCAAUCGACCAGUGCACUAGGAUGCUUGCUGCACGACCUGGACGAGAAGACGCCCAUUCAGUCAUUGCCCUUCUUGAGCAAGAUAUGUACCGGAACACGAGUGUGAUCAUUUCAGACAACGGCCCUGCGUUCCGCAGUAGAAAGCUUCAAACGUGGGCACUUGAGCGUGGACUUACCCUGCGGACCACAAGUACCUACCACCCUGCAGCGAACGGGUUAGCUGAAAGAGCCAUUCGAGACAUCAAAACUUACAUGGCUGUCGUCUAUCCAGACUUUCGUGACUGCUGGAAGUGCGCUUUAGAGGGCGCGGUACGGCAUCACAACAGGUCCCACGCCAGAGCUCUCGGAUGA